GAAAGUGAGGGCUUUGUUUCCAAGGGGAAGGUUUUCCAAGAGGACCGGAAGCGCGAGCGUGUGGGUCCUCUCUGGGUAGGAAGGCCAGCCCCGGAAACGCUGCCCGGCAGGGGCAGGCACCUGCUCACUGACGUCUUGAAAAGGGCGGAGAAGCGUGUCUAAGAGGGACCAGACCUGGGGCUUUGGGCGCCCUGGUAAAUGGACUCUUAACGAUAGACUCCUGCUUGUCUAUGAAAUGCAGUUAACACAUCAGCUGGACCUAUUUCCCGAAUGCAGGGUGACCCUUCUGUUAUUUAAAGAUGUAAAAAAUGCUGGAGACUUGAGAAAAAAGGCCAUGGAAGGUGCUAUUGAUGGUUCACUUAUAAACCCUAAGGUGAUUGUCGAUCCAUUUCAGAUACUUGUGGCAGCAAACAAAGCAGUUCAUCUCUACAAACUGGGAAAAAUGAAGACAAGAACUCUACCAACUGAAAUUAUUUUCAACCUUUCCCCAAAUAACAAUAUUUCAGAAGCUUUGAAAAAAUUUGGUAUCUCAGCAAAUGACACUUCAAUUCUAAUUGUUUAUAUUGAAGAGGGAGAAAAACAAAUAAAUCAAGAAGACCUAGUAUCUCAGGUUGAAGGUCAUCAGAUUUCGCUGAAAAACCUUCCCGACAUAACAAAUAUUACAGAAGUCAAAAAGAUAUAUAAACUGUCUUCACAAGAAGAAAGUAUUGGAACAUUAUUGGAUGGUAUCAUUUGUAGAAUGUCAACAAAAGAUGUUUUGUGAAGUGACAAAUAUUAAAAAUUUUCAGCAUUUAUUAAAAAAA